CUUGGUCAAAAAGGACUUGGGGUCACUACAACCAGUACCAAAUGAGAAGAAAAAGAUCAAGCACAAAUGCUCUUUCGCACGCCGUGCUUGUGGCCGCCACCGGCCUGCUAGUCCUGACUCUUCCGACGGGGGUUUUGAGCAGGAGGCUCUUUGAGGGGAACGGUGUCGCCAAGAUCCCAGCUGACUCCGGGGAGCUGACGGAACCUGCGCUCUUGGAUGCGGCGGCGGCAGCGCUCAUCACCCCGGCACCAGUGGCAGUGAUAGCAAAGGUGCGACGGGACGAUGUCGACUCCCUGGACGUCGACUACGGUCAGGCAGCAUUUGGGCCGGGGCCUGGGCCUGGGCCUGGCCCUCCGCGACCACGACCACCAUCACAGCAGCAGCCGCAACAACCGCCGCCGCCUCUACGGGGCCCGGAGGACCAGAUAGUCAUGUCGCUGUCCAGCGCGCUGCUGGCCGCCCAGAGGAACCUCAGCCAGGCGUCCCAGACGUUUGAGCAGUCCAUCAGCGAGCUUCAGGGGUCCUUGUCCUCGGCGACGUCGGCCGCCCAGGCUGCCAGUUCCAACGCGGCGGAAGCGUCCACCUCGGCGGCCUCUGUUGCUGCGUCCGCGUCCACCGCUGUGGCUGUCGCGAGGGCGUCCAUCAGCAACAUUCAGGCGGCCGCAUCCCAGUCCCUGGCGGAUGCCGAGUCGAGGGCCAAGUUGGCUCAGGCCAGCGCCAAUAGUGCCGAGGCGGAUGCCAGGCAGGCGAGGGCCGAGGCGGAUAGCCGUGUAUCGCAAGCCCAGGGCGCCUCCGUGUCCAUCACGCAGGCCGCCAUCGCCGUGGUCGCGUCCGUGCUGGGCUCGGCUCUCAUAACGCUGAUAGUGCUCUGGCUUCUCAUGCGGUACCGGCGCAAAAAGCGGUUGGAGAAGGUCGCCGAGGAGGAGGAAAAGGAGCAGAUAGCGCUGGCGGCGGAGAAGCAGCGCCUGGCGGCCGAGGAGGCCAGGAGACGCGGACUGGAGCGCGGGGCGGCGGCCAUGCUGAUGCACUCCCGGCAACGGAACACGGGCUCGUUUCAGUCUCGGAAUAGGCCCAGCAGCACCGGCGCAGGGGGGCCGAGCCGCAACUCGGUUGCAUCGCGCAGGGGCAGCGUGGUCGGGCAGCGUGGCCCGGGGUCUGGGAAUGGCAAGGGCGGACCCUCGACCAGGCCCCAAUCGGCGUCGACCAUGGCCAGCAGCAGCAGCCGCACUUACGUGAGCGACCAUCCCAUCAGCUUUCCGAGGGGGGCCGUAUUGUUAUUUCCGCCGGGCUCUCGGAACAGAGAUUCGUUCAGCAGCGAGCAGGGCAUGGUUGGCUAUGCGAUGAGCACCAAGAGCGAUCACACGUCGUCGAGGCCUGUCACGGCUGACAUGUCGGCCGCGCAGGGCGCCGGACGUUUCAACCUCGCCUUGGGGUCGCACCCCGUGGGCGGUGCGCCAUCGUCCAACUCGGAUAUGAACCGGACAUCGGUCUACAGCCCAAACCUGGGUUCAGACCGGAGCCGUCCUACGUCGAGAGCGCCAUUCUUCCAGCAGCGACUCGGAAGGUUGGAUGAGGAAGACCUGCCUAGAACCAGUCUGGACCGACAGCGAAGUCUCCGGAGAGCCGGCGACGAGACGGCCGCGACGGGGUCGGUAAGGGUGGUGGAUAGUUCAAGCAGCGAGACUGCGGUGGAUUCGGGGGUAGAAAGAAACAGAGGAGACCAGAGCAAGGAGGAUGGAGGGGACCAAGCAGGGCAAGCAGGGCAAGCAGGGCAAGCAGGGCAAGCAGGGCAAGCAGGACAAGACGCAGGUCAAGAGCGACGGGGAGACACACAAGGGUAGAAACGAGCGAUGACCUUUCCAGUAGGUACAGAACAAUAUUACAGUGGAUAAUCAGAUCAAUAUUACUAAAGCGACACAUUGACAAGAG